UCAACUUUCGCAAAGAAGAAAGAAAAUGUCUCUACCACCAUAUAGUACCAUGGCGACCCAGCGCGCAGUGAAUCACCGCUGGUUCCAGGACAGGAUGGAUGAACUACGAGACCAACUGAGAGGACUUUCCUCCAAUGGUCGAGGAGCCAUUCUCGAAGACCCAAGCAUCUAUCCACCUCCGCCCUAUUCGCUUGCAGAGGAGACACUCAAUGUACCAGAGCAUGAAGAGCAUGAAAACGAGACUCGUGCCCCCGUCCCAAUCACCAUUCGCAUUGACGUAUCUACCAACAUCAUCGGACAUGGGAAUACGAUUGUCAUUCCUUCUCUCUCUGCUGGCGCUAGCAGUUCGAAUUCCGAGUCCGGGGUUUCUCAACCGGAUAUAGAAGUCGCAGGAACGAUGCCGACGAGCGUACAGCAAAAGAACCGGGCGAAAGUAACUGAACUCACUACUGCUAUUAUAUCCGCUCUUCAUUCCUCGGGUGUUUUGGACAAUGGAACCAAUGGUAGUAACCGCGGCUCUGUUGAGAUCGAUAUCAAGGGGGGUAUUACCAUUCAGGGAAACAAGAACGUUGUAUGCGGUAGCAUUGCCGGGAGAAAUGGCAGCGGGGACAUUGCGCAGGCGGCAAAAGAGGUGGAUAGGUUUGCGCACAUUAUCGAGAGGAAGAGAAGGGCUGUAUCGGUAUGUCUUGUCCUCUUAACAUGUUAGUAUGGGAUAUAUUCUAAUGGGAUAAUGUAGGAACCGGUCGAGAUCCCGAGAGCGAAGAGAUUCGGCUCUGGGCAGGGUAGAAGUCGUUCUGCAUAACGCAUAUUGGUAUGAGUACAAAUUCUGUAUAAUCAUAUCGUUCCAGAUUGUGUUUUGAAGGAGGAGAGCAGGGGGGAAAGACCGGAAUGUCCGGCUGAUAUCAUUAUCAUUCGCCCGGAGCGAAUUGACAAAAGUCAGAUAGUUCAAAUGAAUUCAUUCCCUCGAACGAGAAACGAG